ACUUACCAUAUUUUAUCCGCCUCCGCCGCCCGAUCGACUUGUUACACAUUAUUUAACCAAAUAUCCGCUCCGCCGUUUUUGUCUACUCCCUACCAGUUCGAUAACUCGUUCCCUAUCUAGCUCGAUAACUCAUUCGCCUCUAGGUGACUAUCCCGCCGUGGUGUCGUAUCCAUCUGGACGCACAGAAAACUCAUCGCCGUCGUUGUUCGCUUACCGUCAGUCUUACUUAAAUAGUUUCAAAUCGUCUAAGUCCAAGAUGUCUUCUUCACAGUAUUCAUAUAUAUUCAAGUACAUCAUAGUUGGAGACAUGGGUGUCGGUAAAUCAUGUUUACUGCACCAAUUCACCGAGCAAAAGUUCACUGCUGAUUGCCCGCACACCAUUGGUGUAGAAUUUGGAACAAGAAUCAUUGAAGUAUCUGGGAAGAAAAUUAAACUUCAAAUCUGGGACACAGCAGGACAGGAACGUUUCAGAGCAGUAACAAGAUCGUACUAUCGUGGAGCAGCUGGAGCAUUGAUGGUAUAUGACAUAACCAGACGUUCUUCUUAUAAUCAUUUGAGUAGUUGGUUAUCUGAUACUCGCAAUCUUACGAAUCCGGGAACUGUGAUUUAUUUGAUUGGGAACAAAUUGGAUAUGGAAAGUAAUCGAGAUGUGUCCUAUGAAGAAGCCAAGCAAUUUGCUGAUGAAAAUGGAUUAAUGUUUUUGGAAGCAAGUGCCAAAACCGGAGAGUAUGUAGAAGAUGCUUUCCUUAAAACUGCUCAGAUAAUUUAUGAAUGCAUUCAAGAUGGAAGACUUGACUUGAAUGCUGCUGAUUCUGGAGUACAACAGAAAAUCCUUCAAUGUGAAACCAAUCCAAAUGUGGAAAAAGAUAAAUCUUGUAUGCAAUGUUAAGCAAAAUAUUGUUGGAUGGAAUCUUUUAAUUCUAUAUUAUUUUAUUAUAUGUGCUAUUUUUUCUGUCUUAAAUUAUUAUAAUAAGUUUCGUAACAUUCUUUAUUAGUAGGUAUUAUUUGUUAUCAGUUUAAUUUAUAUCUAUUGGAUCAUACACAAAUUCACAUUUGCCCACUCAUAUAUAUAUAUAUAUAUAUAUAUAUAUAUGCGUUUAUAUAUACCUUAAUUGUUUUAAAACUUAUAUUUAAUUUGUAUAAUUAUUAUUAACUUUCUCAACUAAAGAUAAAUAUAUUAUAAGAAAUUGUUAAUCGAAUUGUAUUAAGUACAUUUAUAUUGAUGUCACAUAUUAUAAAUGUAUGCAUAUCUAACGUAUAAAAAUGAAUGUAAAAUAUAUUAUAUAAGUUUUUUUUUUUGGUAAAUGCUUCAAUAGUCUUUAAGUAUUGUAUUUACUAUUUUCACAAAUGUUAUUUACCAAAAUCAAAUUAAAAACUAAAUCCUUUUAUUGUCCUAUAAUAUUGAUUAUUGUUAUUUUAGACAAUCUUUUAUUUAACUUUUGUAAAUUGUAUUUUAUAUACCAACAUCAGCCAUAUUUAUCAGUAUUGCAAAUUUUAAAGUUAAAAUGUCUAACACAUUAUAACUUACAUUUUUAAAUCAUAAUUGAUUUAAUAAAUUAAUGCCUGUUUGUCAUCAACAAUUCUGAUUAUCAACAAGGGAUUAAUCAUUUAUUUUUAUUUUUAAUAUUUGUUUACCAUUAUAGAGAAACAUUUAUAGAUUCCUAAUAAAUUAUUAAGUUAGAAUAUAUUUCUGACCAAAUAUUGUAGUGACUUUAGAUUGUAACUUAUAAGUCAUAAUUAACCUAUGGAUCAACAGAUCUAGAAACUACAAAAUUAUAUUAUUUUAAUAAUUAUUUUUUUGAUAAAAAAUUUAAAUACACAUUUAGUAAAAUUCAAGGUUAAAAUAUUAUAUAACAAAAUAUGUUACAUAAUUUCAUUAUUUAAGAAAUGUCUACAGUAAUUUAUACUAUGUAUAUUAAACAUAAAAAAAAACACGAUGUAUUUUAUGGUACAAAACAUAUAUUUAUAUUGCUUGUAAUUCACAGUCAACAGUUAUCAAUGUCAAGUGAAUUAGUUAUAUCUUAAUCAUCUUAUUCAUUGCAUAUGUUCUAUGUGUAACACAAAAUUAUUAAUCCAUAUUUUUAAAACUAUAUUUAAUAAUUUUUAUGCAUAUUAAUUAUAUUACCUUAAAGGUUUUUAUAAAAAAAUAUAUUGGUUUUUAUUAUUUUUAUUUUAUUUAUAAACGAAAAAAUUAUUUAAAUUUUUUAAAUUAUUUACAUUUUAUCAUGUAUUAUAAAAUAUAAAGAAUACAAUUUCUGAUCAGUAGUUCUUGAUUUUUAACACCACUAUACAAAAUACCAAUUUAAUUUAAUUAAUGAUGUUUUAUCUCAUUGUGAUUAGGAUAAGAACAUUUAUAAAGUAAGAUCAUUAAAAGGUUUUUAUAUAUUUGUAGUUUGUACAGACAAAUUAUAUUCUAUGAUUACCGUAAAUGCUAUGCUUUCAGUAACAAACUCUGUAACCAUUUUGCUUAUGCAUAAAAAUAUAUACCUUUCAAAUUAAUUGGUAGGUACACUAAACAAUAAAAAUAAUAUAAAUUUAAUAAAGUAUGGAUAUUUUGAUUUCUUUCAGACUACAAUCUAUUUUACUCAAUAGCAAGUAAACCUUAAAUUAGUGGGAAUAAGAACUGAAAGAUACCUUACCAGAACUAAGAAACCAAAUUUGUUAGUUGCAUAAUAUUAUAUAAAUUAUACAUUGCCUCUUAAAAAGAUAUGCGUAGUCUUAUCAUUGAGCAUACUUCUUAUUCCUUAUACUUUGGACUAUGGUCAUAAUAGUUGAAUCUUAAAUCAGUGUUUGUAAUUUCAUGAUAGUAUUUACUUGUUUUAGUAGUUUUAUAAUAACAUAUAAUUAAAAAUAAUAUUAUAUUUAAAUAAGUAUGAACAAACUAUUUAUUAGUUUUAAAUAUACACAUUUUUUAUUUGAUGAGUGUAUGUAUACGUUUUAACGAUGGAAAUAUAAAAAUAUAUUAAUAUAUAACUA